AUGCAAACAACCAUGAAUACACCUUGGAUGACAUCCUUAAAAAGUGAUACAAAUGUCUUAAAUUCAACAAGAACUUCAUUAAUGAAUUUUGAACAGAAAGAGACUAAUUAUUAUUUAGAACAAAAUCUUAAAUCAAAAUAUGCAUUCAGCCUUCAAAGUUAUUAUGAAAACAAUAAGAAUUCAUCAUAUUUCAAUGUUUCCAAUAAUUCUCUAUUGAACAAUAAUUCACUUGAACAAUCGAAUUCAAUUUCAUCAAUGGUUAAAAGUGAAAUGAAUGAACCUAAAAAUUUAUGCUUUCUAUCGAAUCAUAAUGAUAAAUUGAAAUAUAUCAGUAGAUGGGAAGCUGAUUGUAAUUGUGAAUCAAAUAAUAGUCAUAGUAGAAAUAAUUGUUUACACUCAUAUGCAUCAGAUAAACCUGAACAAUAUCGAAGAAAGUCUCGAAAACCAUAUUCAAGGCAUCAAUUGAUGAUUCUAGAAAAAGAAUAUGCCCUAAUGCCGUAUGUUACUCGUCAAAGAAGAUGGGAGAUUUCGAAUAAAUUACAACUGAGUGAAAGACAAGUGAAAGUAUGGUUUCAGAAUCGUAGAAUGAAAACAAAAAAACUGAAAACUCGAUCAUAUUCAAGCACUGAUGCAAUAAAACAAUAUAGUAUAGAUAAAAAUAUCAUGGAUAAAGAACAACCUUCAAUAGUAUUCGAUAAACAAAAGUUUCUUCAAUUGACUAAUCAAUGGAAUGAUAAUAUUCCUUCAAAUUCAGUUAUAACUUCCAUUUGUAAUUAUGAUUUGCAUGACUGUACAAGAAAGUAUAUAUAA